AUGGCCGUUCAGUCCAAACUGCUACCGCCCGAGCGCUCCAUCAAACAGAUCCUCUCAAGCCUAACAACCCUCUACCUCCGCAACCGCACCCGCAUCUCCCGCGCCGUCUAUCUAGCCCUCUUCGCAGCGCUAGCGAAACGAAUUCAUAAUGCAAUCUCCGAACAGAAAGCUGCGACCCAACAAGUCGAGCUCCGCCGACGGCCCGGCACCAGUAGCCUAGGCGAUGAAGAACAACCCCGCAAGAAGAGGGUCGAGAUCAACCGCGAGUUCUUCAAGCAUUUGCUUCGCUUGCUAAAAAUCGUGAUCCCUGGAUGGCGCAGUAAGGAGCUGCGCUUGCUGGUUAGCCAUAGUGUUUUCCUGGUGCUGCGUACACUACUCAGUUUGUAUGUUGCCGAGUUGGAUGGAAGACUCGUGAGCAAUUUGGUGCGCGGCAAGGGGAAGGAUUUCCUGCUGGGUCUUGUUUGGUGGAUGAUUGUCGCUGUUCCUGCUACAUUCACUAAUUCUAUGCUUUCAUAUCACCAAUGCAAGCUCGCGUUGAGCUAUCGCAAGCGUCUUACUGAUUAUAUUCACGAGAAGUAUCUGUCUAAUAUGACCUUCUAUGCUAUCUCCGCCUUGGACGAUCGCAUCAAGAAUCCCGACCAGCUAGUCACCGUCGAUGUUUCUCGUUUCUCGGACAGUUUGGCCGAAUUGUACUCCAACUUGGCCAAGCCGAUUCUCGAUAUGGCUAUUUACAACUACUCCCUGUCAAAGAAUGUCGGAGGAGAAGGGCUCUUCAUUAUGAGUUUGCUCGUGCAGCUAUCGGCGAACGUCAUGCGCAUGUUGACUCCACCAUUUGGUAAAUAUGUGGCGGAUGAGGCUCGUUUGGAGGGCGAGUUCCGUUUCCUACACUCACGGCUUAUUGAUUAUAAUGAGGAGGUGGCACUCUACCACGGCCACGAAGCUGAGAAGGACACCUUGGACAAGGGUUACUUUACCCUUAUCAAGCAUGUGAAUCGCAUUCUGCGCAGGAGGCUGUAUCACGGAUUCAUGGAGGACUUUGUGAUCAAGUACUUCUGGGGUGCUCUGGGUUUAGUUCUCUGCAGUGUUCCUGUCUUCUUCAAGAUCCCUGGGCAGACUACUCACAGCAUGGGAGAUCAUACAGAAAGCUUCGUCACAAACCGUCGAAUGUUGCUUUCCUCAUCGGAUGCCUUUGGCCGUUUGAUGUUCUCCUACAAGGAGAUUUCAGAGCUGGCUGGCUACACGUCGCGGGUCUCGUCUUUAUUGGAAGUCAUGGAUGAUCUACUGGCCGGUCGAUUCGAGAAAAAACUGGUGUCAUCUGCCUCAACUGAAGAGAACGCAGCUGUGCUCUCUGGUCGAGGUGAAGUCAUGGAGAGCGACGCUAUCGAGUUCACCGACGUACCAAUUGUAUCCCCGAACGGAGACGUCUUGGUGCGCAAGUUGUCCUUCACGGUCCACCCCGGUGAGCAUCUCUUGAUUGUCGGUCCAAAUGGAUGUGGUAAAUCGUCUCUCUUUCGGAUCCUGGGUGGGCUCUGGCCAGUGUACGGAGGGACAGUGAAGAAGCCCCCUUUCCAAGAUAUUUUCUAUAUCCCCCAGCGACCGUAUCUUUCCCGUGGAACUCUGCGACAGCAGGUUAUCUACCCAGAUGGCGUCCGUGAGAUGCGUGCCAAGGGCAUCACUGAUGCCGACCUCUAUGAGAUUUUAUCUGUGGUUGAGAUUGCAUCCGUCGUAGACCGCCCUGGAGGCUGGGAUGCGGAGGAAGAAUGGCGCGACGUCUUGUCCGGUGGUCUUCAACAGCGCAUUGCCAUGGCUCGUCUGUUCUAUCACCGACCUAAGUUCGCUAUUUUGGACGAGUGCACAUCCUCGGUGACACUGGAGAUUGAGAAGGUCAUGUAUGAGACGGCCAAGAAGCUGGGCACCACACUCAUGACUGUUUCGCAUCGCCGUAGUCUCUGGAAAUAUCACCAGAAGAUCCUGCAAUUUGACGGGCAAGGAGGUUAUAUCUUUACCGGUCUAGACUGGGAGCGGCGCCUGAAACUGGAAGAUGAGAAGGAAGAGUUGGACCUGCAGCUACGCGCGGUGCCAGAACUAGAACGUCGCAUCACCGAGUUGACAGCAGCCUAG